UCCACUUUCUAGUCAUCAAUUUCUUGUCUCUUGUUCCAAAGUAACCAACCUUACCUUUUCUACUCCUAUAAGUUCCAUGUUCAUCCAUAUUUGCAAAAACCACAAACCAAAAUCCAUUGAAAGAGGAGAAGAUGUCAGAUUGGGGUCCAGUUUUUGUGUCAGUGGUGUUGUUCAUUCUCUUGACUCCUGGUUUGCUUGUCCAAAUACCUGGUAAAGCCAAGAUGGUGGAAUUUGGCAAUUUUCAAACUAGUGGAUUAUCUAUACUCAUUCAUUCCGUUUUGUAUUUUGCUUUAGUUUGCAUUUUCUUGUUAGCUAUUAGAAUCCACAUGUACUUGGGGUAAGUAUCAAAUAUUGUGUGUUUCACGACAUAUUUAUUUUAUGUAUGUAUACAAACAUUAUUCAUUAAUGUCUCAUAUCUUACGGUUUGAACUUUGAA